AUGAAUAAUUUUCUUUACAAUGGUACACUUCAUUCGUUUGUAUUCUUUCUUUCUUUCUUUCUUUCUUUCUUUCUUCCAAUUUCCUCCUUCCUUUUUCGUCUCUUCUCUCACUUAGAUGUCAUUCUAUUUAUAAAUGUACACCUCUUUCUUUCUUUCUUUCUUUCCGGCUUUCUUUCUUUCUUUCAUUCUUUCUUUCUAUAUUACUUUUUGUUAUGUUUUUCUUUUCCCCUUCUUUCUAUAAAAAUAUUUUGUUUUUCUUUCCUUCUUUUUAAUCGUACACUUCUUUCUUUCUUUCUUUCUUUCUCUUUCUUUUUUCUUUCUUUCUUUCUUCCUUUCUUCCAGUUUCCUCUUUCCUUCCUCGUACAACUCUUUCUUUAUUUCUUCAUUCUUUCUUUCUUUCUUUCUUUCUUUCUUUCUUUUUUUCUUUCUUUCUUUCUUUCUAGUUUGCAUUUUUGUUGUCUUUUUUCUUCCUCCCUUCUUUUUCUUACAUUAUUUUGUUUUCUUUCCUUCUUUUUAAUCAUACACUUCUUUCUUUCUUUUUUCUUUCAUUCUUUCUUCCUUGUUCGGUUUGUCUUUUUUCUUUUUCUUCCCCUAUACUUCUAUCUUUCUUUUUCUUCCUCCCUUCUUUCUUUUUCUUCCUCCCUUCUUUCUUUGGUCCUUCCUUUCUUUCUGUUUUCGUUCUGUGUCACUUAUUUUGUCCCUUUACCCCUUUUUCUUUCAGUCCGUGUUUUGCAUCACAAAACCAUGUUUCUUUUUUUUAUCCAUUUCUUUCAUGAUAUUCAACUAAGUGCUGAAUUAUUGUGUGAUAUCUAUCUAUCUAUCUAUCUAUCUAUUUAUCUAUCUAUCUAUCUAUCUAUCUCAUUUGUAAAUUAUCUAUCCAUAAUUUUAUCUAUCUAUCUAUCUAUCGUAAAUAUCUAUCUAUCAGGUUAA